CUUCCCUGCCGCUGGGGAGGAGGGGGAGGGGGCCGGAAGGCCCCUGUGUGCUAGGGUGCCUGAGGCAGUUUGCUCUGUGUAUGUGUGUGCACGUGUGAUUGUACAGCAACACGUUAUUGUUUUGCUUUACGUAAGUCGGCCUUGCCUGACCAUCCUGUCCAAAGUAGCACUCCACCAUGUUCCUUUUAAAAAAAAUCUUUAUUGAGAUACAAUUCACAUACCGUAAAUUCCCCCACUUAAAGGGUACAAUUCAGUGUUUUUUGCUUUUGUUUUGAAUACUCACUCGGUCCGCUUUAGGAUCGUUUCAUCACCCAGACAGAACCUGUUAGCCAUCAGCAGUCGCGCCCAUUGCGCCCUCCCCCAGCCCGUCUCUGUGGGGCUGCCCGUCCGGACACGCGUGUGUGUAGAGCCACGCACUGUCGCGGGGCCCUCGUGCUGUGUUUGGAGGUCUGAGUUAUGCUCCAUCGCUCCCUCGCCCUGCUUAGUUCUCUGCCGAGCACUCCCCCCACCCCCACCAAGGCAAGCUCGCCGCAUGGUCCCCAGGCCGGCAGGGCGCCUGCGCUCUGCCCGUGCGUCUGUGCCUGACUGCGCCUUCCCUGUGUGUCCUGGCAGUAAGUUGAAGAUAUCCUGCUGCUUCACCCCUGGAUACCUGGACGUACAGCUUUUAAGACUGCAGAUCUGGGACACGGCCGGCCAGGAGCGCUUCCGCACCAUCACCCAGAGCUACUACCGCAGCGCCAACGGGGCCAUCCUGGCGUACGACAUCACCAAGAGGAGCUCCUUCGUGUCCGUGCCUCACUGGAUCGAGGACGUGAGGAAGUACGCGGGCUCCAGCAUCGUGCAGCUGCUCAUCGGGAACAAGUCGGAUCUCGGGGAGCUGCGGGAGGUGCCACUGGCUGAGGCGCAGAGCCUGGCGGAGCACUACGACAUCCUGUGCGCCCUGGAGACGUCCGCCAAGGACUCGAGCAACGUGGAGGAGGCCUUCGUGAGGGUGGCCACGGAGCUGGUCAUGCGGCACGGGGGCCCUCUGCUCAGCGAGAAGGGUGCCGACCACAUCCAGCUGGACAGCAGGGACGUGGGCGAGAGCUGGGGCUGCGGGUGCUGACCGGGGUGCAGGGCGGGCAGGCGGGGCCGCCCCAGCUCCUCCCGCCCUCGGGCCGCCUCGCCCAGCCCUCCAGCGCUGGCCUCCAGGGCGCCAGCAAGAUGAAGGCCUGCAGUUACCCAUCCUGCAGCCUGGAUGCUCGAUGGGGACGCUGCCCUCCAGAAAGGAAGAAGCAGGAUUCCUCUCGCAGGAGGCCUGUUGGCCCAGGGUAGGGGGUGGGGUCUGUCCUGCCUGCUGGUGGCUGUCCCCACCCAGAGCAUCGUGUCCUGGGACUGGCCCCAGCCCGGCAGCAUGGACCGCGGCCAAGGGGCCGGGAGUGGGCCUCCCCUGCUCUGCGCUUACUAGUUUGGACCUUUUCACACCCAAGGCUGCGACCGGGUGUUGCUUUCCAGGGAUGUGGCUGCGCCCCAGGUCCUCGCGGGUCAUUGCAGGGCCUCCUGUGCAGCCCAGAGCGGGAGCAGCAGCCCAGCAGGCUCGGUCCAAGCUGGGCCCCGGGGGAGCCCUGCCUCCUCCCUGCCUCCACUGCCAGCUCUCGGCUCUGGGCGCCCAGGCCCGGCUGCUGCCUUAGCAGGCCCUCCCUUUCCCGUUUUCCACGGAGAGUCUUGCUCCCAUCGGGACGAGGGUGGGUCACGGCCCACGGCGCGUGUCUUCUGGCUUGGGGCCCAAAGUUUUGCCACUCAGGUUGCAAAAGCAGCGAAUUCUUGAGUGCUGGCUCGUAGAAGCUCGAGGGUAGUAGGAAUGAGAUAGAAGUGUGGACAUUUAAGGGAAAAGUAAAAGCGUGCACCCAUGAGGCCACCCUGUCUCACCCCGACCCCCCCACCCCCCCGCCGCAGAGAUCCUUCCUGCCAUGUUCAGGGUGCCAGCAACCCCACCACUUCCCAGACAGCAGAGGCGAGGCCCUGGCAGUCCUGGGACUGGGCCCACCCUGCCCCACGGCCCCUGCGCGCACUGGGGGCCGCGGUGGGACAGCAGGGGACUGGGAUCACUGGGGCCCUGGGAAGCAGCGCCGUUCUCUCAGGGGCGGCUCAGAGGAGCACAGCGACCGGGCUGGGGGAGCGGGUCAUCUUCCCACGCCAGUCCCCGUCCCUCCCAUCAGCCCCGUUCAGCCCCGCAGGCUCCCCCGGUGUGGGGCCCCAGGAAAUCAACUGCUCUCAGAGCCACGGGCAAGGCCACGUCAGGGGGACGCAGCCCAGGGCCUCUCAGAGCCCAGAAGUGGCCGCAGAGCUGCCGUCGGGCUCCCCACCUUCCACCCCGGCACCUGGUCUGCGUCCACACCUCCCGGGCAGACCUGGCCGAAGCCAGAAGCCAGACCUUUCAGGGCAGCCCCGGGAGGUGGGGCCGGGCAGAACGGCCGCCUCCCUCCCCGCCGGGGAGGCUGAGCCGGUCCUGGAGGGGAAGGGUGCCGGCCUGCGUGGGCCAGGAGCUGCUGAGCAGGGCUCUGCCCUGCGGGGACCAGCCCCCUGUUCGCAGGGUGGAGUGGGGUGGGAGCCGGGAGCAAGAGGGCUGCCUGGCCUCCCUCCUCUGGCCCUGCUGAUGGGAUGGGCCCGGCCCCUCCACCUGCACAACAAAGUGCCUGCACCGAGGGUUUCCCCGGGGGCCCCCUUCAGGCCAAGGGCAGAGGUCCUCCAUCCCCACGACCUCUCUGCUGGGUGGGGGCUGAUGUUUGGUCAGAGCUGGGCGUUCCGGCCAGCGCCAGCCGGGAGAGAAGUCUCACAAAGACCGCUUCGCACAGACCUGCUGCUCGGGGGGCGGGGGUGGGGGUGGGUAGAGGCGCACGCAAGGAGCAGCGACCGGGACUGCGCUCCCAGUUCCAGCAAGCACAGGUGCUGACCCAGGGCUCAGGGAAAGAGGGAGGCCCUCCACCCCGCCUCCCCCAGCGAGAGCCCUGGGCUGCCGGGAGCGUCCAGGGCGGGUACAGGCACAGGAGACGGAAGCUGGCCCGUGACGGGCCCGUGCCAGGAGCCCGGAACCCUCACAGGCCUGGCUCACAAGGGGAAGGAGCUGCCUGCACCGGGGAGGUGGCCUCAAGGAGGCCCUUCCGCACCCAGAACCAAGGAGGCAGCGCUUCACUCUCUCCUUUCACAAUCCCAGGGCCCAGCGGGUCUCCUGCCACCCAUCCGCUACACGGAGCAGCCUCGCACCGGGGCUGUAGCCUAGAACUCAGGGGUCACCUCUGGCUCCCCGCUUCUGUCCCUACCCGACCACCGUGCUCCCAGACCCCCUGCCCAGGUGGGCCCCAUCCCCUCCCCUGGACGCCUCCCCGACCUCCUUGGCCUGGGCUUCCACCACCCCAAGCGCCCUGGCGCUGCUGUGAGGGGGGCCGCUAUGAAAGGUCCCUCCCCCACGCUGACAUCUUCCAGGCGCCCCAGGGCCCUCGGGACACAGUCCAUCCUCAGGCGGGUGUCCAAGGCCUCACAUAGCUCCGCCUCCUCCUCGCCUGCACCCUCCUGCCGCCAGGAGCAGCCUCUGUCCAGGCAGACCGCUUCCUGCCCCCCCACCUACCGACCCUGCCCUUAAGUCCGUGUCACGUGGAAUCCCACUGAUGACCGGCUGGACAGCUCUGAGGACCGGCCCGGCUGGUCCCUGGCUCCUCCUACUCCGGCAAGAAUGAGUUCCUUCCCCGCCCUCGGCCUGCGAGCUCCCCCAUCCUGGGCUGCAGCCACUUCCUACGGAGGCUUCCGGGUCUCGUGCUCAGACACAGAUGCCAGUGCUCAGGGCCUGCCUGGGCGUGCUGCUGGGUGCCCGCUCUGGGGUGCCCUGGCAGGCAGGGGUCUCACUACCUCUCUGGGCCUUAGUCCUCUGUCAGAGGGGGCCUGGACUCGGGUAGGAGACAAGGGGGACGUGUGUAAGACAACACAGCCCCGCCUCUUCUGUCUCCCAGCGCCUCUGGGCCCGUGGAGGGCAGUGCGAUGUCUUCCUUUGUUUAUAAGUUACCCAAGAACAGGAGCAGGUGGGGUCAGGGGCCAGGGUGUGGGAGAGGAAGCCGGGUAGGAGGGCCAGGAAGUGUCCCAGCUACCAGGCGGAGGAGGGCUGUCUGUGGCCUGGGCUGCAGGAGGACCAGAGGAAGGCUGGUGUUUUAUGCUCACAGGAGGGGGCGGGCAGGCAGGGGACAGGGAUCCUGACCCCUGCGCCAGAGAGGUGGGUCCCAUCUGGAAGGGGCGGCUGGGGGUUGACCUCAAGGACACAGGCCCAGCAGGCACGGAGCUGGAGGAAGCUCCUAAUUCAUAUUGAAUUCAGUUACGUCUCCUGGGAGGGCUCCCCGAACUGGGGCCUCAGGGACCCCUGAGCCGGCACCUGGGCUGGCGGUGGGGAGGGCCUCAGCCGAAGGAUGCCGUUGUAUUUGGGAAUUUUUCACAUUGCCUAUUUAUGAAUAUAUAAAUCUUUAUAGCAAAUCUAUUUUUUAAAACAUGGAAAAGCUGCCUUUAUGGAGACUUAGCGAGCCAGAGUGUACACAUUCCUAAACCAUUAAACGUUUCUGCAACAA